AUACCUGCAGCAAAGCACGCACAUCUCUCAAACUCAAACUCUGUAAGAAACAAAAAAAGCUUCAAAACUCAAACCAACCCAAACUUUUAUAUAUCUAAAAAAACCGAAAAAAAAUAAAAAAAAGGCACCCAAAUUAACCGUUUUGCUUCACAGUUCACACCACAAACAUGAUAGCUUGCUUUGAACCCUUCGUUCACGGAAACGACACAGAAUCAACUCCAAACGACGACGUAUCUUCCCUCCAAACCUCUUUCCAUUUCGGCCCAAACGCAAUCGCAACCAAAGACUUCGGCGGCAUGAAAUCCUCCAACCCUCUCGCCGUAAUCCGUCCCAUCUCCACCGCCGACGUGGCAAGAGCAGUCAAAGCAGCAACAACAAUAAAAAACCUCACGGUUGCGCCACGUGGCAACGGCCACUCUAUCAACGGCCAAUCCAUGGCUGAAAAAGGACUCGUCCUCGACAUGCGCGCUUUAGCAGAGGAACAUUUUCAACUCCUCUGUAUAGAAGGUGUUCCGUACGUCGACGUUUCUGGAGGGGCAUUAUGGGAAGAAGUGUUGAAACGGUGCGUUUCGCAGUUUCAACUUGCUCCUAGGUCGUGGACUGAUUAUCUCGGGUUAACGGUGGGUGGAACGCUUUCUAACGCCGGCGUUAGUGGUCAGACUUUCCGUUACGGUCCUCAAACGGCAAACGUAACGGAAUUAGAAGUCGUUACUGGUAAAGGCGAAACUUUUGUUUGCUCCGAAAAUCAAAAUUCAGAGCUUUUUUUUGCCACGCUCGGUGGUCUUGGACAGUUUGGCAUCAUAACUAGAGCCAGAAUCGUUCUUCAAAAAUCCCCUGAUAUGGUGAGAUGGAUAAGGGUGGUUUACUCGGAAUUUGAGGACUAUACUAGAGAUGCAGAGUGGCUGGUAACUUUGCCAGAAGGUGACGGUUUUGAUUACGUGGAAGGGUUCGUUGUGGCUAACAAUGAUGACCCAUGUAAUGGAUGGCCCACAAUUCCGAUGGGUUCGAACCAGAUGUUCGACCCGGUUCGUUUACCUUCAGAAGCUGGACCGGUUAUCUAUUGCUUAGAACUUGCUCUUCACUACCGUAAAACAGCUCGAUCUUCAGAUGUCGAUAUGAAAGUGGAUAGAUUACUUGGACGGCUGAGAUUCGUUGAGGGUAUAAAAUUCGAGGAUGAUGUGAAGUACAUGGAUUUUUUGCUACGUGUAAAGCGUGUGGAGGAAGAUGCAAAAGCGAAAGGAAUAUGGGAUGCACCACAUCCAUGGUUGAACAUGUUUGUGUCCAAGUCCAACAUCGCUGAUUUUGAUCAUGAAGUGUUCAAGAAAAUCCUCAAACACGGGAUCGGUGGUCCCAUUCUAGUCUACCCACUAUUGCGAAGCAAGUGGGAUGAUAGACACUCGGUAGUGGUGCCUACAGACAGCAACAUCUUCUACAUAAUAGCAUUGCUACGAUUUAUUCCACCACCACCAAAGGGACCACCUACUGAUAAAUUGGUGGCACAAAACAAUGCCAUUAUUCAACUGUGUUACAAUAAAGGAUUUAAUUUCAAGUUAUAUCUUCCUCACUAUCACUCACAGGAGAACUGGAUACGCCACUUUGGGGAGGAUAAAUGGACUAGAUUCCUACACAGAAAACAAAAUUUUGAUCCAUUGGCUAUUCUUGCACCUGGACAGAAAUUAUUUUCCAGAAACAACUCACAUAAUAAUAAUAAUAAUAAUAAUAAUUAAUUUGCUACAUUAUUAGUAAUUACUACUAGUUAUUAGUUAGCUAGUUUAGAUAGAUUGUUUCUCAAUUGUAAUUUUUGUCUUCAUAUUUUUUUUCCUCCUCCGUCAUCCUCUUGUUGUUUCUUUCCCCAACCAAUUACUACAAUGUUGCAUCCAUCUUGUAAAUCAAUAUUUUUGGGGUGAAAUUAAUGUGAAUCAUUAUCCCUUCUGCACUC